AUGUUCAGCUUUUUUUCGCGUAAACCAGUAGCCGAGCCAACUGGGAAGAGCUCGAACACGAAUAUUAUCAAUGAAUCUUCGGCCCAACUUGGCAACAACGAACAACUACGGACUCCCUCACCAUCUGUAGACUCCGCGAUAAGCAAGCACAAUCAUAAUCUAUCUCCCUCUCGAGAUGCCGUACAUGGACCUCCGAUAACUCCUUCACCACCCCCGCCAGACGUCAAUGCUCCAGAUAACAUUCUGGACAAAGACCUCGGACUCAUUGUUGAUCCUUCAGCAUUGCAUUCUCUCAUAUCAUCUGUACCGUCGAAGACAGUUCACGAGUACAUCUUAACACAUCUAAUACCGCCAGCCCGAAGCUCAACAAAGGCGAACACCAAUAUCCAUCCACCCUCAUCUUUAACGCUCACUCAUCUCACCUCGUUCUUCUCAAGCCUCACUCCACCACCACAGCUUCACUGCGUUCGGUGUCAUAAAUUCUACUACGAAGUAGAGAAUGCCGAACGUAGCUGUUUAGUCCCGCACGACGAUGAAAGUGCUGAGGUUGAGCGUGUGGGACUUGGGAGGGGAGCUGAUACGCAAUACGAGACACUGUAUAAUUGUUGUGGGAGAACUGUUGAAGGAGAAGGAGAUAUGGGUCCCCCGGAUGGAUGGUGUUACGAAGGUAAACACACGUCUGAUACCAAGCGCGCUCGGUUUCGCGCCGACUCCACCAUGUACGACGAUAAACUAACGUCCUGCGACCGUCUCAAAUGUUUCGAGCCGCCGGCGUUAGACGAUUCCUCAUCUGAGUCUGAAUCCCCCUCACGUCGUCCUCGAAAGCGGAAACGCUCUGCUCGUAAACGUGAAGAAGCCGAUGCCGAAGAACAAUCUAUCGGAGAUGUCCAAAUGCACGAGAUAGACGGGAGAGGCGAUGAUGAUGACGAUGCCCGAAGUAUCACCAGUACCCGCUCACAAUCUCGGUUGAAGAAGAAACUCAAAUCGGUGCCUACCUCACCCCUAGCUUCCACCUCCGCUUCUAUGCCUAUUUCCGCUCCCCCUACUUUGACUACCAAAUCUACUUCAGCCUCAACAUCCAAAAUCACGUCCAAACCACGGAAAAAGCGUGCUAAAGCUAAACACGAUGAUAAACCGUUCAAGCCUGAGGCUUCGCCUUUUGAGGAUGACGACGACGAAGAUAUGGAUGUAGACGAUUCGGCGUCGAUAUCCACCAAGCGAAAGGCGAAACGGGUAUCGAGGAUGACGAUUACAGGGAAGGGUAAAGCGAAAGCUUCCGACUCGACGUCUGCCGUUGAGUUCCCUACUGCUGGUGGUGCGACUGGUAGCGCGAGCCCCAGCUCUAGAUCUAGCCCUACUCGUCCCGAUGCAUCUGCAUCAGGAGACGAACGACGACAACGAAGACGUAGUCAACACAGUCAUAGUGUAUCUUUUGCGCCGACUAUGGAAGUAGCCUUAGACUCAUCAACAAAGACUGCUUCAGGGUCGGUAUCAAAACUUGGGUCAAAGAGCGUGUCGAGUUCUAGCAAACAGCGAUCCACUAACCCAAGGCCGCAGGCAAAGAAGAAAUCGGAGGAGGUAUUGACAUCGAGCAUUGAUGGAGGAGAGACUUGA